UCACAGGCACGUAGUGGCACGCGUGGUGCCGUCAAACCCGGACGUUAGAGUGUGUUUACCUUCAGCAGAAGAACUGGACAGAACAACCCAAUUUAAAUCAGAAUUAAACCGGAUUUAAUGCAUGUUUAAACCGCAGUGGGGCUGAAGAGGAGCAGCAGAGGGUGAUGAGCUGAGAGCGGGGCUUAAAGGAAAUCUGGAGCGGGGCUUUAGCGAGGCUGUUGCCGGGCUGUGGCGGGGCUGAGAGCGGGGCUGAGAGGGAGGCUGUAGCGGGGCUGAGAGCGGGGCUGAGAGGGAGGCUGUAACGGGGCUGAGAGCGGGGCUGAGAGGGAGGCUGUAACGGGGCUGAGAGCGGGGCUGAGAGGGAGGCUGUAACGGGGCUGAGAGCGGGGCUGAGAGGGAGGCUGUAACGGGGCUGAGAGCGGGGCUGAGAGGGAGGCUGUAACGGGGCUGAGAGCGUGGCUGAGAGGGAGGCUGUAGCGGGAGAUGGGUGCAGUAUGCCGGGAGGUUGUAACUCUGCAGCUCGGACAUUUCUCCAACUUCACCGGGGCGCACUGGUGGAACCUGCAGGAAGCGUCUCUGUGUUAUGAUGCCGAUUUUCCUCCGGGGGAGCUGCAGAGUGAUGUUUUGUUCAGGGAGGGGCUCACUCUCGGGGGGCAUGUGACCUACACCCCCCGCCUGAUUGCACUGGACCUUAAAGGAAGUCUCCAAACACUGAAACAGGAGGGCAGCCUGUACACCACCAGCCACGACUCCAGUGCCCUGACAUGGCAGGGCCAAGUUAUGACCCAUAAAGAAAGUCCUCCAGAUAAGAAUGUGUUCCUGCAAGAUUUGGACCGAUUGGAGAAGGGGGAGUUAUUGGCUGAUUUCGGAGACGCUACAGGUGCAACUGGACACUGUUCAGGGGGCGCUGUUACCAUAGAGACAGUGAACAGUGCACUGGAGCGUGUGCAGAAACCCUAUAGGCUGGAGGGCAGUGUGAGGGUGUGGUCAGAUUUCCUGAGGCUCCACCUCCAUCCUCGCACCAUUUCCGUCAUCCACCAGUACAACCAUGACGGGGAGUCGGCGCGGUUGGAGGCGUUUGGCCAGGGGGAGGCGCUGUUACAGGGAUCAGUGCUGGAGGAGCUGGAAGAUCGACUUCAUUUCUUCAUAGAGGAGUGCGACUACCUGCAGGGGUUCCAGGUGUUGUGUGACAUGGCGGAUGGUUUCUCAGGUUUUGGGUCGAAGGUCACAGAGCUGCUGCAGGAUUCCUACGGUGGGCGGGGCAUCCUAACGUGGGGCGUGGCUCCUGUCAGUCACAGGGACUCAAGCCCUAUUAAGGAUCUAUAUCACAUGAUGAACUGCGCUCUGGGAACCGUCCACAUGGCCAAUCACAGCUCCUUCUUCUGCCCUCUGACCCUGAGAGGUGGACUGGGCCGGCGGCCGGCUCCUCCCACUUCAUUUCCUUUGGUUAAUUAUGAUCCGUCUCAGUGGUAUCACUCUAGCUCUAUUCUGGCUUUAGCGCUGGAUACUCUGACGGUGUCUUACAGACUGAGGCAGAACGGCGCCCCCAUGUGGCAGCUGGCAGAUGCUCUGACUCAGUCUGGGCGGAAGGUUGUCUGCGCGUAUGGAGCUGUUCCAUUUCCCAUGAUGCACGGCAGCUCUCUGCCCGACGCUCUGCAGGCCUGUGGAGAAGCGCUGCCAUGGAAACCCCUAUCAGUCUGCCCGGAUCCAACUGAUGGACGCUGCUUCGGCCAAUCAGUGACUCUCAGAGGACUGGAGGGGAAGAAUGUAGUGAGUCCAGUGGUUCCUGGCACUGAGCCAGCUAGCCCUCUGCACUGCGCCCAGUCAGGAGAGGAAGUUCUAGAUUCAUUCAUCAGAACUCACUACCCUUCUACACCACUAGCAGUGCAGCUGGUGUCGUCCCCCAGUAAACUGACGCCUCCCUUCCCCCAGAUUUUUAAUCCGUCUUUGGACCCUCAGGGAUUAAUUUACAACCAAAUUCCCACAACAGCCGCGGCGGUGUCGUCGGUGCCGGUUCUGACGAGUGUUCAGUGCAGCGUGGCUGUGGGUCGGAUGCUGGCGGAGCUGCAGAAGUCGUGCCGGGUGGUGGAUCUGCGCCGGGUGGCACCGAGUUUCCUCUCUCAGGGUCUGGAGGCGGCGGAACUGAUGGAGAGCUUGGAGCAGCUCCGCAGCUUGGCGUACUGUUACCGUGACGACAGCGGCGGGAUGCUGCGCUCUUCCUCUGAGGAAGAUGACGAUUAGCUUCACCAUCAUCAUCAUCAUUGUGAUCAUCCUGCUCACCAUCAGAACCACGGCCCUGCUCACUAUGAAGGGAGUGAACUUCUACUGCAGUGCUCUGAGCUGCGUUUGGGACGGGGCCGGGGCAGCUGGGUCUGAGGGAUCUGGAACCGCACUGGAUUCGGACCGGAUCACUGUUUAACGGUUCCUGAAGGAGAUAUGCAAAUUAGCAGAGGGUGUGUAUGUAUGUGUGUGUGUGUGUGUGUGUGUGUAAUGUGUGUGUGUGUGUGUGUGUGUGUGUGAGUGACAGCUGAUCUUGUGGUCCAGGUUGUUCAGAGCAGUAUCUGUAUCAUAUUAAAAUAAACUGGUUUAGUUCUGACUGAAUCGGUUUCGUUUGGAAAUGUUUAAGUGUGCCAGGAACUUGUAUCUUCGAGUCACAGUUCAGUGUUUUACCAGCAGGAGGCAGAAGAUCAGUCUCUCUCUCCAGCAUAAUCAAUUAAUCCAUCAGUUAUAAAAAAUAAAAUAUUAUUGAAAUAAUUAUUAGCAAAAACACAAAUUCUGGGUUUACAGUAAAAAAAGUAUAUUUAAAUGUAGUAAAUAAGUAAAUUAUUAACUUUAAAUUAAUUCAACUCAACAAGACUUGUGAGCAGGAGAUGCUAAGCUAACACUGAGGGUUCAGGUUAGACCCCCGAGCUCUUCACGUGGACGUGAUCACGUGAUCUCAGACGAUCUGUUUCUGAAUAUCUGAGAGAAAGAGCUGUUGAUGCUCAUCAGGCUAAAAACGUUAUGAAAACAUCUCUAAAUAAAGAUUAAAGUGUAGAAAUGGAGAACACUCAAGACCAUCGUUACCCAGGAGUGUAAAAUUCAACCAGGUCUUACAGAACUCUUACAGAAGUGUAAAUUCUAAGCAACUGAAGGCCUCUCUCACACCGGCUAGUUUUCAUGUUCAGUAGUCCAGUGGUGUGGAGAGGAGAAAUCCACUGAUCUCCAAAAACAACAUCACUGCUCGUCUGAAGUUCAUUACAGAUCAUGUGGAGAAACCAGAAGACUCCACAUACUGGAAGAACGCAGGUGAGACCAAAAUAGAGGAUUAUAUUUGGAGAAAGAAAAACACUGAAUUCCAGCAUAAGAACCUAAUCUCAUCUGUGAAACAUGGUGGAGGCAGUAUCAUGGUUUGGGUCUGUUUUGCUUUAUCAUGUCAGGACGGUUUGUCUUUAUUGAUGGAAAAACAAAUUCUGAAUUCUAAAUUUCAAAAUUUCAGGACAUCUUUUCAUGAACUAAAUCUCAGGAGAUACAAAGGUCCUGAUCUUAAUCCAAUAGACAUUUUGUGGGUGGAGCUUAAGAGAUCCGUUAAUGUGAGGAAACCUGAUAGACCACCAACAUCCCAGAGCUGAAGCUGUUCUGUACGGAAGAAUGAGUUCAGAUCUGAUCUACAGAUACCAGAAACGUUUAGAUCAGUCAUUACUGUAAAGGAGGAAAAUCACACCGCAUACUGAAAACUGAUGUUUACAUACUUUUACCCUCAUAAAUAUGUAAUAUUGGAACAUUUUCCUCAAUAAAUAAACGAGCAAGUUUAA